AUGAUGACAAAAUCAAAUGUUUGUGAACAAGAUGAAAAAGAAUGGAAUAAUUAUAAUCUCUUUGCUUCCACAAGAGAUGUUGAAGAUGAACAAAUAAUUGAAUUUGAAGGAAAAAUUCCUGAAUGGUUAAAAGGUACUCUUUAUCGUAAUGGUCCAGGAGCUUAUGAAAUAAAUAAUGAUUUAAAAACAUCAGUCAAUCAUGCAUUUGAUGGUUUUGCUUUUAUUCAAAAGUAUUCUAUUGAUGGACAAUCACAAUUAGUUCGUUUUCGUGCAUCAUUUAUCAAAUCACGUGCAUAUACUCAAUCCUUAUUAAAUAAUCGUUUAAUGGUACGACAAUUUGGUACAGAUCCAUGUAAAUCAAUAUUUGGGAGAUUUCAAUCACUUUUUCGUCCUCGAGAUCCAACAACAUCUACUGAUGAUACAGGUAUUACUGUUCAAAUAGUACAUAAUCAAUUAUUAGCACUUACAGAAACAGUAACAGGCAAUAUUAUUGAUCCAAAUACACUUGAAUUAAUAGGUCCACUUAUAACAUUACCUUAUAGUCAAUCAAUGGAUUCAGAAAUCUUUACAAUAACAACAGCUCAUGUUAUGCAUGAUGAUAAACGUCAAAUGACAAUUGGUUUUAGUGGAAGAAUAACACAUAAAGGCCAUUGGCUUGAUGUUAUAUUCAUAUCAGAUCACUCAUUUAAUCAAGAUAAAACAGAUGAUGAUGAUGAUGAUAUUGAUAAAUGGAUAUCUGCUAACGAUAGUUUUAUUAAUAUAACAAAUAAAAUGAAUUCGAAAAGCAAAGAUUAUAAUCGUUGUAUUAAAUCAAGUACAAAAUUAUAUCAUUUUCCAUAUGAAUAUGCAUGUUAUAUGCAUUCAGCAUCAAUUAGUGAAGAUUAUUUAAUUCUAACAGAAAUUCCAUAUCAUUUUAAUACAUUUUAUGCUAUAUGGAAUUGUAUAGCCGGUGGUACACUAACAGAUAUGUUUAAAUGGAAUGGUAAAACAAUGCCAACUUAUUUUCGUAUUAUUUCAUUAGAUACAGGUGAACAAAUAGCACGUAUACCUGGUCCACCUUUUUUUACAUUUCAUCAUAUUAAUUCUUAUCAAAAUGAACAUAAUAAAAAACAAAUUCUUGUUGACAUAUGUGCUUUUGAUGAUCCAACAAUAAUAAAUGAACUAUAUGUGGAUAAAUUACGUCAAAAUAUAUUUCCUUCAGGUGGUGGUUAUCUUAGAAGAUUUCAAUUAGAUUUAGAUUCAAAUACAUGUAUUGAAACAAAUGCUAAUACAAGAGAACCGAAAGGAAUUCAUUCAAUUAGUUAUUCAAAUAGUAUUGUACCAGUUCAAUUUGAAUUAGGACGUAUUAAUCCAAAAUAUCUAACAAAACCAUAUCGAUAUAUAUAUGGUGUACGUGCUCAACCUGGUCGUUUCUUUGAUGCUUUAAUUAAAUUAGAUGUUCAAUCAAAAGAACAAGUAGCUUUAUGGGAAGAAGCAUGUACAUCACCAAGUGAACCUAUAUUUGUUCCAAGACCUUCUGAUAAUUAUGAUCGAGAAGAUGAUGGAAUUAUUUUAUCAAUUAUUUUAGAUCAAAUUAAUAAACGAUCAUUUUUACUUGUACUUGAUGCUAUUACAUUUAAAGAACUUGCUCGUGCCUAUCUUCCUAUACAUAUACCAUUAUCAUUUCAUGGCAAUUUUUAUUAA